GCUCCGAAUUAUGCACGAGGAGAUAUAAGGCUUUUGCUCGCGAUUUCAUCCUUAUAUCUUAGAGACCUCGGGGAAGAUGCGGGUCUGCCAAGUAUUCAUAUGCCUCUCGGGUCUCGGACUACUGUACAUAACGGGUGCCGUCCUACUAAGAGCGCCACCGCAAGCCAACAUGUAUAAGCGUUACUACGCGGACAUGACUGCAGGGGACGCGGAGUGGAUCUUGUGCUUGAAGAUAUGCCAGUUACAGAAAAACUCCAAAUUCGACGAUGGAGAGAAGUAUGACGCUUGCGCGGGUCAAUGCAAGGGUACGAUCGGGAACGAUUGGGAGAUGGUGAACAGGAAAUAUGAUAUCCUACGAGGUUAUGGGAAAAGCUUCCCAUGCCGCGAUGAGGUCGAUCAGGCUCUGGUGAUCAAGAGGCAAUGACAAGGUCAUGGCGGUUAUUAGUGCUGUUUACCUAAACUCGACGCCGCACCUUGAAAGGGGUGCUGCGCUUUAAUUAAAGAAACGGACAAAACUAAGGACACAAUCCGAAGUUUUUUUUUUUUA